CAUUGCUUAAAUAAUGGUUAAAAUGAGGAAGUAGUGGCUGAACAAUUGAAGGCGUCAUUUAAAUUUUGGCAAGAUAUUGGUUGAAUAAUGGUCAAAAUUAUCUAACAUUGGCCAGAUUUUAGUCACAGUAAAAAAAAUCACAUCACCGAUUGUUUUUACCAUUUCUAAUAUCGUCUACGUAUAACUGAAUCUUAAUGGAAUUAGAACGAUAUUCUCUAUGACGGGCAAAAUGACUGGAGUUAGCUUAAUGAAUUCUUGGGUUGAAGUAAACAAUGACUUCAAAAAGACUGCCAACACUACACAGUUGAUGGAUGACGAUCCAGAAAUUUUCGAUGGAUCUAGUCUCUAUUCUCACUUUUGUAAUGUUUGGCAAAAUUCUCAGACAUCUUUAUCAGAAAUCCCUAUCCAAUAUAAAGAUGCUUGCUACAAAACUGUCCAACGAUUACCUAAGAUAUUUACGAAACUCUCUCAUCGUAGAGGAUUACCUAAUAUUCGUAGUGUAACAGAAAUGAUCAAUUUGGAAAGAAAUACCUGGAGUCUUAUUUCCAGUAUUUAUUUAGACCGUUUUCAAUCUGAAAUGAAGACUGGAACAACUGAAAGCAGUGAUCUAUCUAAUUUUAAUCAUUCAGAAAAGGAAAUAAUCCGGCUACUGUAUGAAAAGGAUAGUGAACUACGUGAAACACAGAUAUUGAUCGAUUGGCUAGAACUGCUGGUUCGUGAACAAAUUGAAGAAGUUGCCGAAAGAUAUGAAUGCCUUUUUAAUCAAACAACAGCUUGGGAGAAUACAGCACACUUACUGGAUUACCUGCCACAAUCAGAACUUACAAAGCGCCGUUUAGUCAAAGAAUUGCAUCCAGAUGUGGUAACGCUUACUGGCAAUGAGCUGGAUCAAAAAGAUCAAAUCGAUAAUGAUCGUUAUGUGAAUUAUUUAUUUUUAUGCCUUCGUGGUGGAGAUCUUCAUCGUGCUCAACUGUUGUGUACACAACGUCAUGAAUAUUGGCGAGCUAUUUCACUGGAAGGUUGGCGUCCAUUUCAUUAUUCCGGAUUUAUUGAGAGUGAAUCCAAGGAAAUGGAGAAGGCAUUUAAUGAAGAUGAAGAACUCGGUGAUUCAGGACCAUUUUAUAUGCAGUUAACUGUUGAAGGCAAUCCAACAAGAAUUUUGUAUAAAUCUGCAUGUUGGUGGAAUUCUGAAAAUGUAAACUUACGUUCAUUUGAACGGGCUAUCUAUGCAACACUCUCAGGGAAUUUAGAUGUACUAACACAAAUUUUGCCUGCUUCAUGGACUGAUCAAACUUGGGCACAUUGUCGAGCGUUGGUUGAAGCACGUGUUGAUUCUAGCCUACGUAGUUUAUUGAAUACUGGUCCUAGAGCUGAUACCUUAGCAGUUACAGGUAGAACAACAAAACGCUGGCCAUUAGAUGGUGGUUUAACUCUACCAGAUUCAGCAUGGGCUCCUGGUGAUUGGACUCUUUCGGAUGCAUUUGCACGUGUUGAUGCACGUCUUGGUUGGUCAGCUAUUGGUUGUCUAGAAAAGUGCAGUAGUAGUAGUAGUAAUCUACGUAUGCGAACGGUUAUACGGUCUGCAAUGAACGAUUUCUUAAUGGAUGAUAAUUCCUACAUGUAUGCAAAUGAUGGUGAUGGUUUUCGUAAUAAUAACAAUAAUGGCGAUGAUUUACAAUCGCCUUCAGUUUAUGCAAUUGUCUAUUGUAUAUUCUAUGCUGUACAACAGACUGUUAUGUUAAGAAAUUAUGAUUCCUUUUUGGCAACUUUAGCAAAUAUUAUGCCAAAAUUAGUAUGUUAUGGCCUGGGUGAUGGAGUGGUUCCCGAGAUCGGUCCUAUACAACCACCAGAUUUCAGUCGAGUUGGUAAUAUCGAUCAAGUGAUCUGUCAUACACUUCGAUUUUUAACACAUUUUGUCCUGUUCUUGAAAUCUGCAGAAGCCGACAUUCAGGAUGUUACUUGUUCAGAAAUUAUCAAAGCUUAUUUGUGCUUUCUAAUGUGUAGUUUAACAGAAGUAUUAAACGCUGGUUGGAAUUUAUCUCAAAAAAGUUUUACAGAAUGUUUAAAGAAGACGGAACAUGAAAGUUUUAAAGAAUUAAUAGAUGUAUUAUUGAAUUCAGAUAUUCGAGAAUAUGGAGUACCAUGGUUAGGAGAUUAUAAAAAAUCUACUCAACUUGAAGCAAAUGGUAGAAUUGUUCAACUGACUCGAUUACGUAAUAUCAGUAUACCACAAGCUGUUGAAGAUAUGAUGAUGACCACUUCUGCAGAUAAUCGUGGACCUUGUCUACUUCGAUUAACAUUUACUGAUGGUCGUAAUACAAUAACCGGCUUAGAUAUGCAGGAUAAAACAGAUUUGAGUAUGGAUAUUCCACCUGGAACAAAAUUUCGUCUAAUGGGUUCAAUUCCUAUAUCUAUGGGAUUUUUGCUGUUGUCAAAAAAUCAUCUCAAAGUACUCGGUGGUACAGUGACUAAUUUAAUCCGUGAAUGGAAUAUGACCAAGUUUCUUAAAGAUACUGAAAAUCGUAAUAUCACUGGCGGAGCUCCAGUGUUUGUUCCAUUCGGUAGUCGAGAAGCUACAGAUUUAAUACAAAGUGAAGGCAAAUUUCUGAGUCAACUUCGAUCAGAUCGAGAAAGUAAUCAAAUGAAAUUCGAUUCAUUUCAAAUGGCAACAGCACGUAAUGAACCGCAAGAGGAGAGUGAAUUACAAGCCAUGUUCAAUGAACAACGUAAAGAAAUUCUGGCUGAAUUGAAAGCAUCCAACUCGUCUUCUUCUGCGGCUGCUGGUGGCGGUGGUCGUGGUGGGGAUAAAACUGUUUCAAAUUAUCAUAAUGCGAAUAGAACAUUCCCAGGCAGUACAACUAGACGAUUUAAACCUGGUUUAUCGAAAUUUUAUCAAUUACAAUUACAAAAAUCUGAAGAAUAUAGUCUCGCUAUCGGUCAGUUACUGUCAUUAGGCUAUCCAUACCAGUUAGCAAGUAGUGCAUUGAAAAUUAAUCGUGGUAAUUAUCAAGCUGCUGUUGAUUAUCUUCUUUCGAAGUCUACAUCAACAUCUAUGCAUUUGGAUGAGAAUCCAGUGAAUAAUAAUCAUACACCGGUGAUUUCUUCUUCAUUGCCACGUGGAUCUAGACCAUAUGGAGGUAGAGGAAGUCGUGGUGGUCGGGGUGGUCGAUUUAAUUCAACAGACGGCGACGAGAUGAAUUCAUCUCGGUUCCAUUCAUCGUCGGCAGAUACUCCACAGAGUAGACCGUCAACUGGAUUAGUACGACUUGAUGAUUUAAUUGUUGAUUCAAUGCCAACAAAAUCAGCAACAGCAGCAGUACCGCCAUCAUCAACAACAACAAAAGGCGUCCAUCAGACAGUAAUUAAUCAUCAUCGAUUAAAACCAACUGCUAAUCAGGUCUUGUUAUCUGUUGGUUGUCCAAUUUUAGCCCAGAAUAUAUCCGGGGAUUAUGAAGAAGCCCAAUUAAUUGGUUAUCUAUCGAAUACUAAUACUGGCAGCAGUUCAGGGGAAAAGAUUGUUCUCGUCGCCUAUCUACAUUCUGAUAAUGCUACAGGUAAAAUUAGUAUAGAAGAAGAGAUUGUACCGAUCAGUUUGAUAAGAACAAUGAAUCGAGAAAAAAUAACUAUAGAUAUGGUACCUCCAGCACCAUCUGACCGUGUGAAACCUUACGGAUCUUCAUCAAAUUCAGCAUCUAUGAAUUCCAAUCAAUUUGAUGAUAUUCACUUUAGCCAUCAGCCAUAUCCUCCUACAUCGGGCAGAGGAUAUCGAGGGAACAGUCGUGGUAGCGGUGGUGGUGGUGGUCGCCGAGUAUUUAGCGGCGGAAGAGGUAGACGAGGAUCAUCACGUGGUGGUGGUGGUGGUAGGUACAGUAACUUCUGAAUGAAAGAAAAAAAGAAUGAAACUGGAAAUCUUUUGUCUGACAUAUCAUCAUCGUGCUUCAAUCAGUUUUAUAUCUGUUGUCUUAUAAUAAACCUGUACAUAUCCUUGUCGCUGUCGACCUGUUUCUUUUUUUCAUUAGUUGCUUUUCUCUGUCUGUAUUGUGGCUGUAAAUUAUAUUUUUCAUAGGCUA